UUAAAAGAUCCCCCCAUGAUUUCAAACUAGUACGCGUACUCCAUUAAAUACGUACAACCGCCUCUCUCUGUGUGUGUUUGCCUGCCUGUGUGACUCUGUCCGUGUGAGAGAGAUGGCUUCCAGCAGCUUCAUUGCCUUUCUUGCUGUUCUGCUUCUUCUGCAACCUCGGAUUGCUCUAAGCAACGUUUUGUCCCCUCUGCUCUCUCCUGUAUUUGAUGAUGUGUGCAAAGAAGUGGAAUGUGGAAAAGGAACUUGCAAGCCAUCAAGUACUAGCACUUUCUUCUUUGAGUGUGAAUGUGAGACUGGGUGGAAGCAGGCUCGCCCUGAUGGUGGCGAUCACCCCAACUUUCUCCCUUGCGUGAUUCCCAAUUGUACCAUUAAUUCCUCCUGUGCAAAUGCCUCCUCACCUGUCCAAGAGAAAGAAAGGAGAGCUAAUGAGUCAUUCUUUGAUGCCUGCCACUGGAGCGACUGUGGAGGCGGCGUCUGCAACAAGACAUCAGCUUUCACAUAUAGUUGUGAAUGUGCCGAGGGCUAUUAUAAUCUUCUCAAUCAUACUGCCUUACCAUGUUUCGAGGAAUGUGCGAUUGGAAUGGAAUGUAAGAACCUCGGGAUUACACUAUCAAACAAAUCUACUUCUGUGACUCCAGCAUUGGCUGACGAUGGUAAGAACCAAGCAACUUCAAUUCUACAAGGCAAUUCUCUUUGUUUGACAAUCCUGAUGAUGUUCAUGGCUAUGGUUUUGUGGAAAUAGGAUGACUUUUAAGCAUAUGCACUAGCCUCUGGCCUUGUAUUUUGCUUUAGCUCCAUAGAUUUCGAUAUUAUACAAUUUUUUUGAUUUUCCUUUGAGGUCUGCUGCCUGUCCCAUAUAGCCACUGCAUUUCUCUGUAUAUUUUUGCAUGUCUUAUAAAUAAAUUACCACAUGAACUCAGGGAGUAGUCCAUUGUAUUUGUAUAGUUAUUACUCGGCAUAGGAUUUGAAAGGGGAGCUUUUUAUGGAGCAUAUUUCAUGCUUCUGUCAGUCAUUUUCCUUGUUUGUUUAGUAGAACAUGAUUUGGUGAUUCUCUUUA